AUGCGGAAGGCAACAGAGCGUGGGGAGGCUCAAUUGGAUGGCCACGGGGGUACGUGGCUGGUGGCCAUUGUCGCCGCGGCUCCGGUCGAUCCAAUGUCUCUGUCUGUGAACGUGCGGAAGGCAGCGGGGCAUGUUGUAGCUCAAUUGGUUGGCGACGGGGGUGGUCGGCCGUACCGUCGUCACAACUCGAAUCGAUCGAAUGUCUCUGUUUGUGAACGUGCGGAAGGCAGACAGAGUCGUGUGGUGUUUCCCCCAACCAUUGUGAAGGAGAUGGAGAAGAGAGGGUGA